GUAUAUUAAGAACAUGAAAUAAUUCGUUUUAAACCCCGGGAUAUUUCGUAUUGUCCAUCCCCUUGUUCGUUCCAUACCGCUUUUGGAGCAUACGCUAGACAACGGGCUGUGUUUAGAUUUUUUAUAAUAUUUUAACAACAUGGUCGUUUUUGUCUCACUUUAGUGUAGGAGCGUUUGCAAAGCAUAAAAGGGGGUUAACGUUUGUCUUCGUUUGAGGGUUAAUAUUAUUGUUAACGUUGACGUUAAAGAACUGCAGGACUGCUCACAUGGAGAGAUCCUAGCUGUGAAUUCCUGUUUAUGGCUGCAGAUUCUUGAAUAUUUUUAUCAGCUAGCCAUUUAAAGAGGUGGUUUUUCACACCAUGAGCCAGUGCCAAUGAAAGUUCACAAGCCACAACCAUGAAGGUGCAUAAAGUCUCCUCUCGCUCCAAACAUGAGAAUCGAAAUGCUACGAAACGCCACUCCAAAAACAAGUGGCGCACUCACGGGAAGAAGAACCAGCACGUGGACCCUUCUGGCCAGAAUCCCAGGCCUUCGACGGCAAAGUUUGAGAAUGAGCUGGUUAACAGACAGAAGCCCAAGGUGAAGCGCUUACAGAAGGCUUACACCAAGGCUGCAACUGUGACGUCCAAAGACAAAUGUUCAUCUCAGGCUAAAGGCAAGGCUCUGUCUGCACCCUGUCCUCACGUCCACACCAACGGGGGUACUGAGCUGGAGACGGAGAGCGACUCGGAGGACUCCCAGGUCUGGAGGUCUUACGCCAAGAGCGUUCUUCAGAACGGUGCCGAGAAAGAAGGAGAAGGGAACUCGGUUUUAAAUCAGUCUGAGGAAGUGGAGGUGUUGGAAUACCACGCGCAGUAUGAACGCUCCCAGAACCACACAGUGUUAGUACUGAAGCAAGGCCAGUCCCUAUGUUUCCGAGGAACGUGCCUGCUGAUGUGCCUGAGCGGUCGUGUGGAAGUGAUGGGCUUUACAAUCGAGCAAGGCCAGCAGCCGUAUCCGCUCUUCUCCCCAUCGUCCCACUGUCCGCUCACCAUCAAGGCCAUGGUCGAGUGCACAUCCUCAGCCAAAAGCAGGAGGGAAACUCGAUUAGAGGCCAAAGCCAUCGUCCGCAAGUACCUCCUGCCAGGCGGCGCCGUUGCCGAGGCUCGUACGAGACUGCUGAGCGAGGUGGAUGCAGAUUCAUGCGUGGUGCUGCUUCAGCCGCUGGACACGCCCCUCACACGCUUCCUCUCCAGCUUCGGCAGCUCCUUCAGCCAUCUCUUCGACCUCAGCUCGAAGGAGCUGCACUCCCAGGCUGCCGUGUAUAACCCAGCUCUCUCUGCCGUGGGCGUGACGGCGCUGCAGGGCCCCUGUGCACGUGGUCUGGUGGCAUCAAACAGCUAUAAAGAGGCGCUCAGUCGCCUGCUCAGUGCAUGGGAAGGGGAUUUUGAUCGCUGUCCCAUUAUUCUCGUCUGCGGGGCCAAAAACUCUGGCAAGUCGACUUUCAACAGGCAUCUCAUCAACAGCCUGCUUAACCACACUGCAAGCGUGGAGUAUCUGGAGUGUGAUCUUGGCCAGACGGAGUUCACGCCUCCCGGGUGUCUCUCUUUAAUCACUGUGACCGAGCCACUGUUAGGCCCUCCAUUCACACACCAACGAGAGCCAGAGCACAUGGUGUUUUACGGCCAAGCAGAAUGCCAGUCCGAUCUAGACCGCUACCUGGACUCACUCAAGACCCUGUGGAGACACUACAGCGGAGAAAACCCGGUCAUUAUUAACACCAUGGGAUGGGUUAAAGGGCAUGGCUUCCAGGUGCUGGUCGACCUCAUUCGCUUAUUCUCCGUCACCCAUGUGGUGCAGCUGAGCUACGGUGACACGCCCCAGUGCCAUACUCUCAACCCCGACUUCCUGCGCUCUGCCCAAGGCUGGCACACUCAUCCACCGGCGCAGUCUGCCCUCGCGGAGGAACCGGCCAAUCAGCUCUCGGCACGGGGUCACCUCCUCCUCAGCAUCCACUCGGAGUUCGAAGGAGCCGGGACAUCCGGGGAAAUGCGUCAUCAGCGCAGUAACGAGCUGCGUGAGCUGGCAUUGCUGGGAUACUUCAGCCAGCUACAGUCUGCAGAACCCGGCCCUAUCUGCCCCCUGCACUGCUUCACCCCCUACCAGGUGCCCCACUCGGCUAUCGCUCUCGGAGUCACUCACUGUGACGUGGCACCCAACCACAUCCUGUACGCCGCUAACGCCGGUUUAGUGGCUCUCUGCUGUCUGAGUGAAAAAGUGGCAGGAAGAGGUGGACCUGUGCUACUGCCUCAAACGCCCAUCUGUCAGUGCGUAGGCUUAGGUGUCCUCCGAGGGGUGGAUAUGGCCCGAGGGCUCUACUUUCUAGUCACCCCAGUGCCUCCGGCGACCCUGAGGCAGGUCAACUGCCUGCUGCUCGGGGAGAUCACACUGCCGAAAAUCCUGCUCACUGUCCAGCAUGGUGUUGAGACGGAGCUUCCUUACGUCACCACAGAUUACAGCUUUGAGAUCACGGGCGCAGGAAAAGUCCACGUUUUCAAAGGGCUCGCGAGGUCCGGUUUCGUCAAAACUAAAACAAAUAACUAAGCUCUCUUAUACGGAUUUCACUUUCAGCGAACGAUGUUUGUAUCCCUGUACUUGUUUUUUAGACCAAAUAAAGAGGCUUCAGCUGCCACCGAAUGUA